AUGGGUUUGUUGGAUGUUCUAUGUUCUUGCAUAUUUCUUUUUACUGUCGUCGAGUCCACUAGAUCUGGGAGUAUGUGGCCCAAUAUAGGCGUGGAGUCUACAGGAACUGUUAGCUGGACAGUCUUCAGUGCAAGUAUAUUUGUGCUUGUUGCCCUUGUCCUUUCCAUGUACCUAAUAUUCGAGCACUUAGCUGCCUAUAAUCAGCCCGAGGAACAGAAGUUUUUGAUUGGUCUCAUUUUAAUGGUUCCUGUCUAUUCAUUGGAAUCGUUUUUGUCACUAUUGGAUUCCAGUGCGGCAUUUAAUUGUGCAAUUAUCCGGGACUGCUAUGAGGCUUUUGCAUUAUAUUGCUUUGAAAGAUACCUGAUAGCUUGCCUAGGUGGUGAGGAGAAAACAAUUCAAUUUAUGGAAAGUAUGAGCGUAACAGACUCCAGCACUCCUCUCCUGAAAGAUGCAUAUGCAUAUGGAGUUGUAGAACAUCCAUUUCCUUUAAAUAUCAUCUUAAGAGACUGGUAUCUUGGCCCUGACUUCUAUCAAUCUGUGAAGAUUGGCAUCGUACAAUAUAUGAUACUGAAAAUGAUCUGUGCAAUGCUGGCAGUGAUCCUCCAGUCUUUUGGGGUUUAUGGAGAGGGGAAGUUUGAAUGGAGAUAUGGGUAUCCCUACUUGGCAAGUAUUCUUAACUUUAGUCAGACUUGGGCCCUUUAUUGCCUUGUACAAUUCUAUUCUGUCAUUAAAGAUAAACUGGAGCCAAUCAAACCAUUAGCCAAAUUUUUAACAUUUAAAUCAAUAGUCUUUCUAACGUGGUGGCAAGGAGUGGCUGUUGCAUUUCUUUUUUCUAUGGGAGCAUUUAAGGGGUCACUUGCUCAAGAGCUGAAAACCCGUAUACAAGACUAUAUCAUCUGUAUAGAGAUGGGCGUUGCUGCUGUUGUGCAUCUUUAUGUCUUCCCUGCAGUUCCUUACAAAAGAGGAGAGAGGUGUGUCCGCAAUGCAGCGGUGAUGGCUGACUAUGCGUCACUAGGGUCACCUCCUGAUCCCGCAGAGGUUCAUGACUGUGAGCGCUCAACUAGAAUGCGGUUAGGUCGCCAAGACGAGAAAGAUAAACCUAUGAAGUUUACACAUAGCGUUUGUGACGUGGUUCUUGGAAGUGGUGAAAUUAUUGUUGAUGACAUGAAAUUUACAGUUUCUCAUGUGGUAGAACCUGUUGAAAGGGGCAUUUCAAAGAUAAACAAAACCAUUCAUCAGAUAUCAGAAAAUGUAAAACGACACGAUGAAGAGCGGAAGAGAAACACCAAGGUCAAGGAUGAUUGUGACCUUGUUCCCCUGCAUUCAUGGAGAACAGAAUUUUCUGAUGUUCAUGACAAACUCGUGGAAGGAAGUGUCAGUGAUAGUGGUUUGACCAACGGAAAGAGACCUAUCCAAUCCAAGGGGUCAGCCUCCAGGAUGAGAAGAUAG